GGGCGGCUUGGCGGGCCGGGGUCGGAGCGCAGCCUUCUCUCGGGGGCGCCUCCUUCGUCCCCCGCCCCGUGAUGCCCCCGGCGCGCCCUGCCCUGGGCGCCGCCCUCUUCGGUCCGGCCGCGCCGCGGACUUCGGGGCCGGGGCUCGUCGGCCCUGACUGGCCCGAGGGCGGCGGGGCGCUGGGGCUCUGCCCCGGAGGGCGGGCCCGCCCCGGCGGCCCGGCAUCGGCGACGGCAGACGUUACUGCUGGUGGGAGACGCGGCGGAGCGCCGGGCGUCCUCGCUGCCCCCGACGCCGGCCGGCCCCCUGCAUACCCGCCUCGGGCGGCUGCCCGCGAGCAGCUCGAGAGGCAGCAACUCGCCCUGCGGGUCUGGGGGCCACCCCGUGGCUUUCGGAGGGAUGGUCGAGCUGGCGAGGGAAGAGAUAUGGAUCAGAAACUUUCAGAGUUGGUUGAAGAGCUCACAACUUCAGGAGAGCCCCAAUUGAACCCUGAGAAAAUGAAGCAACUGAAGAAAAUUUGCAAGUCUUCGGAAGAGCAGCUUGGCCACGCCUACCACCUGCUGAUGGCCCAGCUGAGCCAGGAGCACGCAGAGAUCCGCCUGUCCGCCUUCCAGGUCCUGGUCCAGCUCUUCGCCAGGUCUCACCAGUUCAGGACACUGGUCAUUUCCAACUUCCAGGAGUUCCUGGAGCUCACGCUGGGUACUGACCAUGAGCGGCCCCUGCCGCCCCCCAGGGAGGUGGCACAGAGGCUGAGGCAAGCGGCCACCCAGGCCGUCCAUGGCUGGAAUGAGAAGUAUGGUGCGGCCUAUAAGAAGCUGGCCCUGGGCUUCCACUUCCUCAAGCACAGCAAACAGGUAGACUUCCAGGACGUGGACGCUCGCACUCUGUCAGAAAGAAAGCGAGCAGAAGAGAGACAGAAGCGCUUGGACAGAAUCUACAAGGAGAGGUCCCAGUGGGCAGCGCGGGAGAUGGAAGAGAUGUCCACGGAGAUCCGGGGCUGCCUCACCGAGCUGGAGAGCUGCUUCCGACUGCUGCUGCCCUUCGACCUCAACCCGGUGCCCGGGUCCACCUGGUGCCCCGUGCCCGAGAAGGGUGACGGGGACGAGGAACAGCCCUGUUGCAGCAAGAGCCUGCCUGCCUGCUCAGGCCGCCCGGGAGCCGCGGGCGCGGGAGGGCCACCCUUGGAGGAGGAGGACAGCGACCCAGAGGGGUUCGUGCGGCACCACGGGCUGGGCUCCUGGCAGUACACGCUGGACGUGGAGCUGUCCUCAGACAGCCUGAGGGUGCGUGAGAGCGAGGACAACUCGGCCGUCAUCCGUGCGGCCCAGGAUGCGCUCAGGCUCAUCCAGAACAAGCUCCUGCCGGCUGCAUGCUCCUGGGUCCAGCUGUUCACCCGCGCGGGGAUGCACGGUGGGCCCUUGGAGGGUGCCAUCCACCUGAAGACCGAGCUGGAAGCGGCCUUGAAGAGGUCCCGGGAGCUGGACAUCGUGCCCGAGGAGGGCCGCAGCAGGGAGAUGGCAGCCCCCGGGGACGAGGAUGAAGACGAGGACGACUUUGUGGAGGUCCCGGAGAAGGAGGGCUACGAGGCCUGUGUCCCGGAGCACCUGCGGCCUGAGUGCGGGCUGGAGGAAGGUCUGGCCACACCAGGCUCGCAGGCGAGGAAGAGGCCUGGGAGUGACAUGGAGGCCUGCGACCCCACCUCUGCGGCCGCCCAACUGCACCGGCUCCAACCCCACGGGUCCCCAGCCUCGCCCCUGAGCCCCAGGGCUCCGCUGGCCCCGGAGCAGGCUGCACGGCGGGCGGCAGAGCAGGCCCGGGCGCCUGUCAUCCCCUUCGGGGUGGACCAGGAGGAGCCGACGGCCGGCAAGGUCCUCAAGAGUGACUCGGAGCACCGCUGCUGGAAGCCCUGCGAAGUGGACGCCGAGGCGGACGGCGCCAGCGUCUCCGAGGCCCUGCGGAGCCGCUGCACCACCUCCGCAGGGCAGUCCGAGCCUGUGCAGCACCGCUGCCGCGCCCCGCGGCCCGACGGCCAGCUCUGCGCGCGCCAGGACCGCCUGAAGUGCCCUUUCCACGGGAAGAUCAUCCCGAGAGACGACGCAGGACGGCCCCUCCACGCGGAGGACAGGGCCAGGGAGCAGAGGCAGCAGCUGCAAAGGCCAGCUGGGCGCCCAGACUGGCAGGACCCCGAGUUCCUGAGGGACGUGGAGGCGGCCACCGGGGUAGAUCUGGGCUCAUCCAGGCCUGGCGGGAAAGGCAAGGGCAAGCGGCGGAAGCAUCCGGGCCUCACUGACCUCAAGCGGCAGGCUGACACGGCACGUGCGCGCAUCGCCAAGAAAGUCUUCGCCAAGGCAGCCGUGCAGAGGGUGGUCACCGCCAUGAACCAGAUGGACCGGAAGAAGCACGAGCAGUUUGCAAACCAGUUUAACUACGCCCUGAACUAGAGGGCCAGGCCCGUGCGCGGGGUCCCCGUGCCGUCCGCGCCUCCUCGUCCAGGGCCCGGCGUGCACUGUUAAGCCAAGUGUCCCAGAGGCGUGGAUGUUCCUGCCGCGGGGACCUCUGCCAGCACUUAAGGCCCACCCGCCUGGUUGCCUGGGGCGGACGCGGCAGCCUGGCCACCAGGGGGCGUCUUGCACGGCCUGGGCGUUUUGUGACGUGGCUCAGGGUUGCUCAACGCCCAGGACGAGUGCAGCCCCGCCCUGCCGCAGCCUUCUCCGCUCCUCUCUGGGUCCGCCUGCUGGGCGCUGCCUGUGUGUGGCGCCGCCGCCCCACCAGCCUUCUCCGCGCAGCGCGGCGCCCUGAAGGCCAUCCCCCUGGUGCUGUCAGUGCGCCCUCCUCAGUCCAGAUGGCGCUCCGCUGUGAGAGCAGACCAGGCUCACGCUGCAUCGGACACGCGGGUGGUCCGCACUUCGGGGUUACGGAGGCUGUCGUGGCCGUUUGUGUGCAAGUUUUGCAUGGGCGUGUAUUUCCAUUCCUUUGGGGUUUAUGCCCAGAAAUGAAAUGGAUGGGUUGUGUAGUACCUCUGUGUUUAACUUGCUAAUGAAUUGCUGAAAUGUUUUCCGAAGCACCUGCACCCCUGAGGUCCGCGCCCAGGCACUCGUUUUCUCCGUGUUCUUGCCACGCUUGUCAUCGCUCUCUGUGAUUCUAGCCGUCGGAGUGGGUGCGAAGUGGCAUCUCACUGUGGUUUGACUUGCACUUUCCGAGUGAUGAAUGAUGGUGAGCGCCUUGUUGUUCAGUUGCUGAGUCUUGCCCGACUCUGUGACCCCAGGGACCGCAUCGUGCCAGGCCUGCCUGUCCGCCACCAUCUCCUGGAGUUCGCCCAGACUCAUGUCCAGCGAGUCACGAUGCCAUGUGACCACCUGUGUUGAGCAUCUUUUCGUGCUUAUUGGGCAUCAUUUAUCCUCUCUGGAGAAACAUUGAGAUCUUCUGCCCAUUCUCAGCUGAGUUGCUGUUUUGAGUUAUAAAAGCUCUUGGUGUACGCUGGAUACUAGGCCCUUGUAGGAUUUGCGAUUAUUUCCCCCGUUCUGUGUCCUCAUUCUCUUGCAGUUCCUCUGAGGCACAGAAGCUGUGAGCUCUGAUAUCCUGUGUGUCUGUCUUUCAUUUUGUCCGCCUCGUCGGAG